AUGGGUCUUUUGAUAAGACCAGAGCCAAAUCGAUGGUCAAGAAAGUAUCUUUCACUUUCACCUCAUUUGUGGGCUGUUAGAGGUGAAGAAUCUGUAUGUCCUGUCUGCACAAAGAGGGUGGGAUUGGACUUCGUUGGCCAUAUUACAACGCAGCAUGGGAACAUAUUUAAGGUGCAGCGAAGGAGAAGGUUGCGUAAAGGUGGAUAUAGCUCUGCCUAUCUUACGCUUAAAAAAGAGCUUCGAGAAGCUAACUUACAGCCUCUUGGAGGGUCUUCCACUUUCCCUCCUUCGUCCAAUAUAGAUUCUGAUCCUCUGCUCUCAUCCUUUAUGUUCAAACCCCCUUCGGCUAUACCCAUCUCUGAAGUAGACUCCGUAGCAGAAGUUUCACCUAGGGACACCCCUAAAAGCAACACAAGACAAGUAUCACUUUCAAACGAAGAUCAAGAGAAAGCGAAAAAGAGUGGGUACGUGCGGGGAUUACUUUGGUCAACCAUGCUUGAAGACAAGUUCUAAUCCCUCUCCAUAUCUUCUAUUGUAAUGGUGUAUUAAGAAAUCAUACAUUAGUCUCAAUGUAUGUAGCAAAGCCUUAUAGCAUAAGGGCAUGGAGAGUAUAUGUUGUAAUCAAAUGUUCUUGACGUAUCUUUUAUGUCUAUAAAAAUAAGUACUUUUUCACUCUA